CGGCGGCUCCGGCCGGGUCAGUCGGUGCGGGGCGAGCGGCGGCGGCACGGCGGGCAGAGAUGCCGCUCUUCGCCGCCAACCCCUUCGAGCAGGACGUGGAAAAAGCCACAAAUGAAUACAACACCAGUGAGGACUGGGGGCUGAUCAUGGAUAUUUGUGACAAGGUUGGGAGCACUCCCAAUGGAGCCAAGGAUUGCCUUAAAGCCAUCAUGAAGAGGAUGAAUCACAAAGUUCCCCACGUGGCUUUGCAGGCUCUCACACUUUUAGGAGCCUGUGUGUCCAACUGUGGCAAGAUAUUCCAUUUGGAAGUGUGUUCCAGGGAUUUUGCCACUGAAGCUCGAGCUAUAAUAAACAAGGCUCACCCAAAAGUGAGUGAAAAGCUAAAAACCCUCAUGGUGGAGUGGUCAGAGGAAUUCCAGAAAGACCCACAAUGCAGUUUAAUAUCUGCAACCAUCAAAUCCCUGAAGGAAGAAGGGGUCACCUUCCCUGCAGCAGGAUCCCAGGCUUCCACCAGUGCUGCUAAGAAUGGCUCCUCAUCCAGUAAAUCCAAAGAAGAUGAGGAUAUAGCUAAAGCUAUUGAAUUGUCUUUGCAAGAGCAGAAGCAGCAGCAGCAAAUGGAGACCAAGUCCUUGUACCCACCUGCAGAAAUGCCACAAAACCCCCAGAGCCUGAGGAAGGUGCGAGCUCUGUAUGACUUUGAAGCUGUCGAGGACAAUGAGCUCACCUUUAAAAGUGGAGAAAUUAUUUUUGUUUUGGAUGACAGUGAUGCCAACUGGUGGAAGGGGGAGAACCACAGAGGAGUGGGGCUGUUCCCAUCCAAUUUCGUCACCUCUGACUUGUCCGUGGAGCCCGAGGCAGCAGCUGUGGAUAAAAUCUCUGUUCCUGAGGACACUGCAGAAGAAAUUAAGAAAGCAGAACCUGAGCCAGUUUAUAUUGAUGAGGAGAAGAUGGAUAAAACACUGCAGGUACUUCAGAGCAUAGAUCCCACGGAUUUAAAGCUGGAUUCUCCAGAUCUUCUCAACUCAGAAGAUAUCUGCCAACAGAUGGGUCCAAUGAUAGAUGAAAAACUAGAAGAGAUAGAUAGGAAACAUUCCGAGUUAUCCGAGCUGAACGUGAAGGUUCUGGAAGCUCUGGAGCUCUACAACAAACUGAUGAACGAGAGCCCCAUGUACUCAGCCUACUCCAAACUCCAGCACCCUGCACAAUUCCCACCCACCUCCUCUGGAGUCUCUGUGCAGUCGUAUCCUGUGCAGCCUCCCAGUGGGAAUUACAUGAUCCAGGGGGUGUCCAUGUCCCCAGGGUACAGCCUGGCCCCGGAGCAGGUGAGGUCUCUGCCUCAGAGCAUCAACUCUGCAGCCACUCAGCCACCUCCAGCUGCUUAUUUAAGGUUUCCUUUCUGGAUGGAUGUAGAAGUGAAGGAGCAUUGGAAUUGCUUGUGGGAAAGGAGGGGCUGGAGAAUGCUGGAAGCUGCUGAAGCCUCUGAGGAUCUGUUCCCUUUGCAGGGGGAGCUGAGUGGAACAGGAACCGCCCUGAUGGGACCAGGGGGUUCUGCCUCUCUUGGGUUUCCUUUCUGUGCCCCUGUGUCCGUGUCUCACCCAGCCCUGAGCCCAGAGGAGCUCCUGCACCACUGGGAAAGGGGGAUCUGAGGCCAUCCCACGUGCUGGGGGUGGGAUUGGGCUCCUGUGCACAGGAAAUCCAGAGCCUUUCCCUGGAGGAGGGAUUGCCUCAGAACUGGCCACGAGUGGCAGCUGGGGAGAAAAGGAAUCCAAGAAUUUCUUCCCUGAUGCACUUUUUGAAGGGUGGGGUUUGUCCAAGGGAGCACAUGGGCUGGAUUAUCCUUGGGGAAUGUGGGAAUCCCUUCUUUUUCUUGUUUCAACUGCUGAACAAAAAAAUCACUUCAUCCUCCUAUUUACCUCCUCACUGGAGCAUGGUCACAUUUAUCCUGCUUUUAACCACCUCUGCUGAGUGAUAAUCCUUGGUUUGGGGAAAUAAUGGAAGCAAAUUUCUGAUAAAAAUAACUCCAUUAAACGCAGGAAGCUCCCAGAUGUCUAAAUAAGCAUUUUUGAUGUAUAAACUUCAUCCCAGAUUGGAACUCCCAGGCUGCUGAGUGACAAAACCCACCCUCCACUCAGCACCUCCUUUUAUUUCAUUAUUUGCUAUCUUGACCUUACACUUGCAGCCUUGUGCCCAUGCAAAAAGUGCUCUUUAAAUCACUUUUUAUUUAAAUGUGUGCAAUUGGAAGGAGGAUUUUGUCUUUCCUUUGGACGUGACUUUAAUUUGUCUUGAUCCUUCCCCUGGAAGUGGCUCAGUACAAAUAACACACGUGGCAAUACUGAAGUGUUUUGAUAACUUGUUCCUUGUGUCUUUUGAGGAAAUGAAUUUAUUUCAAUGCUGCUGUUCCAAAUUCUCAUUGUUUGGAGCUUUUAUUUGUCAGAGUUUACUUUGUUCCAAGUUGGUUUGGGGUAGAACUAAACCUUGCUCUUGUUGCUAUCAAUUCUCCAUGUUUGUUAGGAAAUUGAAAUUGGUGUUUUUUCUGGAUUCUGAGCUUUGGGCCAAGAGAAGUCUUCAAUUGAGCCAGCCAGAUGUGAUUUGAUGAUGUUAAUUGUUAAGUAUAAAUAAUGUAUAUACUCAUUUGUCUGAGAUUUUCUACACAGCUCCACACAUGCCUGAACUUUUAUAAAAGCAGGAUUUGUCCUUCUGUCACCUCUUCUACUCCUAACUCUGUGAUAUGCAACUUGUAGAUAGUGUAAAAUAAUUUAAUUAUUAUUAAACCAGUGUAUUUAGAGGGGGUUGGUGUUUCUCUUCAUACUUCUAGACAUGAUCAUAUUUAUUUUUAAGGCCUGAUUGUAACUGAACAUGCUGCCAAAGGAUUUCUCUAACUCCAGAUUUCUACCUUAGGUUUCUACCUGCUGUUUUCUAUCAGGAAUUCAGGGUGGAGAACUCCUGCUUUUUCAUAUAAACCCUUAACAUAGGAACCUUUCUAAUGAGACUUUCCAGGUGGUGUAUUUGUCUCAUGGGUGUUAAGUGUCACUAUGAGAUCCAUUUCCUUUGGUGUGAGCUGGGGACCUGUUGUGUCUGUUCAAUUUGUCACCCCAGAGUGCUCUGAGGGCUCGUGCUCUGUCCCCUGAUGUCAGCCACGCUUUGUCUCUCCAAUUGGCUCCAGAAAUAAUGGUAAAAAUCCGAUUAUUGAAACCUC